AUUGGUUGGUUGCUUUAUUCCCUCUCUUCGGUCCAAUUACAAAUUUGCAAAGUUUUCGGAAUCGAAGAAGAAGAGAAUAUAAUUUUCAUUGUGAUUUUUUUUGUCAGUUCACGUUACUCUCUCUCUUUCACCCCCACAGCACUUCUUGAGGGCACGACCCAUUUCCCCUCAAAAGGGACUUAAUUGGUUCAACUGACACAAAACCCGUUUCUGUCUGCAUGUUUUUACCAUUUUUCUGAGGGGAAAUUUCGCUUCUUCCCUCUUUCUCUCUGUGUUAAAGGGCAAUUUUUAUACAUAGCCACAGAGAGGGAGCAGUGGGGGAAGGCUUUGUUGUUUGAAUUGGGUUUUUUUCGGCAGCAGAUCACAGUGCCAGCUCUUCAUUGGGUGUUUUUCUUUAACACCCAUGAUGGAGUUUGUGGGCAGAGCUGUGAAGAAAGAGUUCGAAGGCGGUGGAAUUCAAUUGGGGGUUGUGAAAUCCUUCGAUACCACUACUGGGUUCUUCGAGGUGGAGUUCGAAAGUGGUGAUUCUGAAGAAUUGAAUUUGUCUGAGGUGUCUCUGCUUUUGGAGGGUCAAUCUCAGCCAGUGGAGAAGAGGCCCUGCCGUGGCCGGAAGCCCAAGAAGCGUCGGAGAAUUGACGGCAGCUGUGGAAUUGGCGAUGUGUCGAGUAAUGCUGGGAAGAGUUUGGUGCCAGAUAACGCGAAUCCGGAUGAAACCCUAGAAAUGGACUUUGUGGUAAGUGUUGUUUGUGUUAAGGAUUUAAAUGAAAGUUUUAACUUGAGUGAUGAAGUCAAGAAAACCCAAGAAAUAGUUGAUGGGGUUGGUGGGAAUUUGAAUGAAAGUCUCGAGGGAAAUAAGAAUUUUAAUGUGAAUGUUAAUCUCAGUGAUGGGUUUGGAGAUAUUUUGGAAAGGAGACCCAAGUAUGAGAAGGAUUUUGAAGGAAAUGGGUCGGCCAAUGGGAAUCUUUGCAGAAAUGAAGAUUUUAGGGACGGCUUUGAUUUGAAUGCGAGGUCUAAUUCGAAUGAGUGGUUGAAUUUAAAUGACGGCAGUGAUGUUCAUGCCUGUCCUAAUAAAAAUGCCAACUUAGAGAGAAGGGGAUCCAUUGAUUUGAAUCUUUAUGUCAAUGCUGAAUAUGACGAGAAUCUUACUGGGGGCAAUGUAAGUUGUUCGCCAGUGGAAAUAAAGAAAACGAAAUGGGAUUUUGACUUAAAUAUAGAGGUUAAUGAUGACCCCGGGGAUAAUAACAAUAAUGGUGGAGAAGAAGUUACUUCUUUUGGGAUGGCCGAAGCAGUAAUAGACAAAGUUUUUGAUAAUGAGGAAGGGCUUCAAGACAAAAUUAUGGAAUCUGAGGAUGAAGAUCUGAAAGAAGUUCAAAUAGAUAUCAAGGAAGAAUGGCCAAAAUACAGCAAUAGUUCUGGUGGAGAUGUGACUGUUGAAGCCUCACUUAGGGCUUCCGAUCUUAAUUGUGUUAAUGAUGGUGAUUUGGUCAAUAUUCAGGUGAACGAUGUGGGUUCUGAGGCUGGUCCUCAAGCAAUUGAUGGUUGCCAAGGUAAUUCGGAAGGUCAAUGCAAACAACGAAGUGGCAGAAGAAAGAGAAGGAAGGGUUUGGAUGUUGUUAAUACAUCGGAGACAGUUUUGAGGAGAAGUACACGUAGAGGAUCCAUACAGAAAACUGUCCCAAUUGCAUCAUCUGAAAUAUCUUCCCCUGUAGCUAGUGUGGUAACUGAGGAAAAACAGGUAGCUUAUGCUUGUAAAGGAUCUGACAUGCCUGUUGACCUUCCUUCUAAGUUGCAAUUACCGCUCUCUUCAAAAAACUUGAAUCUUGUUGAUAUUCCCAUCCUUGACUUGUUCUCAAUUUAUGCCUGUUUGAGAUCAUUUAGUACGCUGUUGUUUCUUAGCCCAUUUGAAUUGGAUGAUUUCGUGGCAGCCCUUAAGUGCAAAUCUCCUACUAUAUUAUUUGAUAACAUACAUCUGUCUGUUCUGCAAACUCUAAGAAAGCGUUUGGAGGAUCUCUCUAAUGAAGGUUCCGAAUCUGCUUCUAGUUGUUUAAGGAGUCUUAACUGGGAUAUGCUAGACUUGAUUACGUGGCCUAUUUUUAUGGUUGAGUAUCUAUUGAUUCAUGGUUCAGGUUUGAAACCUGGUGUUGAUCUUUGUCACUUGAAAUUACUAAAAAAUGAUUACUACGAACUACCUACGGGCAUUAAGAUUGAAAUACUUCGCUGUCUAUGUGACGAUAUGAUUGAAGUGGAAGCCAUUAGGUCAGAGAUUAACAGAAGGUCUUUGGCAGCUGAGCCAGAAAUUAUUCGUGAUAGAAACAUGAAGUCAGAGGUCUGCAAAAAGAGGAAAACAAAUGCUGCUGUUAACUCUUGUCUGUCAGAGGACAUUUUGGAUGACACCACAGACUGGAAUAGUGAUGAAUGCUGUCUGUGCAAAAUGGAUGGUAGCUUAAUAUGCUGUGAUGGCUGUCCUGCUGCUUAUCAUUUGAAAUGUGUAGGAAUAGCCCAUAAUCUCUUGCCAGAAGGUGACUGGUUUUGUCCCGAGUGUGCCAUUGACCGGCACAAACCCUGGAUGAAAACACAAAGAUCACUUCGGGGAGCAGAAUUUUUAGGAAUCGAUCCUCAUGGUCGUACAUACUUCAGUAGCUGUGGCUACCUAUUGGUGUCUGAUUCAUGUGACAUUGAGUCCUCUGUCAGUUACUACCACAGGAGUGAUCUGGAUGCUGUUAUUGAAGCGCUUAGGUCAUCUUAUUCAUCAUACAGUGACAUACUAGUGGCUAUUUACAAGCACUGGAAUAUUCCUUUCCUCUUAAACGGAAAAAUUAGUAAAUCAGGUUCUCUGCAUUGUACGACUGGGUAUUAUAGUAAUUUUUGCCAUGAAGGUGCGAAGUCCGCAAACUUGUUUGAAGCAGAGACUGUAUUGGAAGGUCAAACUAUGAAUACUGAAGAACCAGCUCUAGACAGUAAGCUGAACCCUAGCGUUCAGACUAUACAAAAGCAUCAGACAAAUGACUCAAACGGUUACGAUUUCACAAAUCAGGAUAAAGGAAUAUCAGGCAAAUUCUCUUCUGGAGAAGAUCCUUCUUUGAUAGAUCCUUGUCUAGAUGGGAUGCAAGAAAGCAAUACAAAAUAUUCAGGUCUUGAUCAUUCCUCAUCUAUAAGCAUAGGAAAAGGGGAUGUCCUUGAAGUUGAAAAUGAUGAUGUUUACUCCAAUUUCUAUAGCUUUGCACAAACAGCAUCUUCAGUGGCCGACGAGUUCAUGCGUAAAUCAUCCGAGAAAGAUAAAAUUAAAGAAAAGUCUACUAUGUCAGAAGAAGAAAUAAUUGCAGCACAGAUGAAGGUCAUUUUGAAGAAAACAAGCAAUUUUUCUUGGCCGUUUAUUCAAAAUCUUAACAUAGCUACUCAGAAAGAGAAAUGUGGAUGGUGCUUUCCUUGCAAAUCUUCCAGUGAUGAAUUGGAAUGCUUGUUUAGGACUAACAUUGGUCGGAUUGAGGAGGGUUUGGGAGUUGAUGUUCCUGGUCUUCAACUCAGAAGGAAGGGAAAAGGCCACCUCAUAGAUGUUAUAUGUCAAAUUCUCUCGAUUGAGAAUCGUUUGCAAGGGUUACUUUUGGGUCCAUGGCUGCAUUCUCAUUAUUCUAAACUUUGGCGUGAAGGUCUCUUGGCAUUUGAUUUUAAUUCUGUCAAACCUCUAUUAUUAAUGAUAGAAUCAAAUUUGCGCCAUCCUGCUAUAUCAGCUGAGUGGUUUAAGUAUGUCGACUCUGUUAACACCUUGGGUUCAGCUUCUCUUUUCAUUACCAGUUCACUACGUGCUACUAGACAUGGAAUAAGCAGGAAAAGGGCUAGGUUUUCAGAUAUUGAGUCAAGUGCCUCUUCAAAUGGUUCUAGUGGAUUAAGUAUGUUUUGGUGGAGGGGUGGCCAGCUCUCUCGACGCAUGUUUAACUGGAAGGUCCUACCUCGUUCAUUGGUUUCGAAGGCUGCACGACAAGCUGGCUGUACAAAGAUACCAGGAAUUGCGUAUCCUGAGGGUUCAGAAUGUGCGAGAAGGAGCAGAUGUAUUGCCUGGCGAGCUGCUGUAGAGGCAUCAACAAGUGUGGAGCAACUUGCAUUCCAGGUUAGGGAGCUUUAUUCAAACAUUAGGUGGGAUGACAUUGAAAAUACCCAUCCUCUUCCUACGUUAGAAAAGGAAUUAAGAAAAUCAAUCAGGCUUUUCAAGAAGGUAAUUGUGCGCCGUAAGUCUGUUGAAGGGGACUUUGUAAAAUAUCUCCUUGACUUUGGAAAGAGAAGAGUUAUUCCAGACAUUGUUAAAAAAUAUGGGGUUAAACUUGAGGAUUCCAGUAACGAAAGAAAGAGAUAUUGGCUAAAUGAGACUUAUGUUCCUUUGCAUCUGUUGAAGAAUUUUGAGGAGAAAAGAAUUGCACGCAAAACAAAUGAGGUUAAGCCUAAAAAUGCAGAAUUGCAUACUGUGAAGUCCUCCCAGAAGAAGGGAUUUGCAUAUUUGUUUUCAAAAGCAGAUAAACCUGAUUUAUAUCAAUGUGGCCGCUGUAACAAAGUUGUGCCUGUCAGGGAAGCUGUUAGUUGCCGCUACUGUCAAGGAAUUUUUCACAAAAAGCAUGUGAAGAAGUAUGUGGAGUCCGUUGCUGCAAAAUGUACAUACGCCUGCCACAGAUGUUGGGAUGGUAUAUCUGUGAAGACUGGUGGAAAAAGAGGGAAAAGUAGUGUAAAAGGAGGGAAUUUGAAUAUGGCAAGACAUAAAAAAGCUUCUAGUGAUCAACGUGCAUUGCGAUUGAGAAACAGAAAAAGAGUGUUAAGGGCUGGAAAACAAGUACAGACAAAAAAUAAGUCCAAAAUUCCAACAGGUAUCCCUCUACGCCGUUCAGCAAGACAGGCUAAAUACUCAUCGCUACAAAAGAAAAAGCAAGAUAAAAAGGUUGGAGGAGGUGUGAAAAGGAAAAAGAUCAAGUCCAGGAAGGGAACACCAAAAAAACGCAAGAGAGAGACUUCUUUGCAGAAGAAGAGAACUCUGGCGUGUCAUAGCUUCUGGCUUAACGGUCUCUUCCUUUCUAGGAAGCCUGGUGAUGAACGAGUGACACACUUUAGAGAGAGAAAGCUUCUUGCUCUAUCUCAGAGUAUUUCUGUGAACCUUGAAAAACCAAGAUGCAAUCUUUGUUCUGAAGCAGAAUAUGCUUCUGUUUUGAAUUAUAUUGCUUGUGAAAUUUGUGGCGUGUGGUUUCAUGGAGAUGCUUUUGGACUUGAUCAGACUAAAAUAGAUAAAUUGAUUGGAUUUAGGUGCCAUACAUGUCGGAAAAGGAUGCCUCCUGUCUGUCCCCAUCAAAUGAAUCAGAAGGCUGAUAUUUUGGAGGUUCCUGAGGUACAAAAUAUUACUGUGGUUAAUUGUUCUGAGGAACCCAUUCCCUCCCCUUUAUAGAUAUGAUAUAUCAAAUAUUGUAGGAGAGAUAACUAUGUUUCUUAUGAAAAAAAAAGAAAAAGCAAAAUGAAAGAAAAA